AUGGGUUCUAAAGGAUUUAGUGAAGUUAUGGAAGUUAUAGAGCGAGAGAUUUUCAGUCAAGAGGUUGAAAACUCUUGGCAACCCUUCUCUGGUAAUGAUGGUGACAAAUCUGUGUUGGGAAAUGGCGAUGAAGGAGAAACAAAUCUGUUUUCUCUGACUUCUGAGCUUUCUUGGCUUGGGGACAAAGCCGAGGAAGUGAAGUGCUUCUUGCAAAACGAAAGCCACGAUCAAGCGAAUUCAAACCUCAAUUCCAUCAUCUACCAAGUGAUCGCCACAUCUGCUUCGAUUUUGUCACAAUGUCAGCGUUUGAGUUUUGCAGGCGAAGAAGAAAUUGUAGAAAUGGAGGCUGCCGAGAUUCUUGCAGAGCACAGCCAUUUGUGCAGCAUCUGUGGUAAAGAGUUCCGCCGAGACGGAAAUGUGCGCAUUCAUAUGCGAUCCCAUGGCGAGCAAUACAAAAGCAAAGAAGCCCUUACAUCCAACAGGCUCAAGGACAGAUCAAGAUCAUAUUAUUCGUGCCCUUCCCAAGGCUGCAGACACAACAGGCGUCAUCCCAAUUUCAAGCACUUGAAAUCCAUGGUAUCCAUGAGGAACCAUUACAGAAGAAGACAUUGUGCUAAGAUGUAUACCUGCAACAACUGUGGAAAGGAGUUUUCUUUCGUGGGUGAUCUAAAAACCCACGGAAAUAAGUGUGGGCAUAGCACAUGGCGAUGUUCCUGCAACCUCACCUUUACAACAAGGAAUAAGUUGCUUCGCCAUGUGGCCUUAGGGCGCCAAGGCCAUAAGCUCGUUCUUCUUGCUCCUGCUGUUGCUGCUCACAAUGGGGAGAACUCCACAGACAUUGAUAAAACACCGGAACAUUCUGCCCAGGACCUUAAUAAUUUUGCAGCACAAGAUUCACCUAUUUUAACGGAAGGCCUGCCUAGUUAUGGCAACGGUCAAGAUGUUUUAAUGAUGGGAGCAGGAUGGAACGGCAUAGAAGAAAGUCAAUAUGGGUAUGAGAGGAUGGAGAGUGAGGUUAUUUUCUCAAGCGAAGAUAGCGAAGGGAGCGAAUUGUAUGCAUCUCUGUUUUGGCAGAGGGGCGAUCUGCUUUGGACAUAA